AACAUUGAAAGAAUAAGAAAAGUUGAUAUGAUCCGUGUUUAGCUCAUAGAACCAAGAACCAAAAGACAGAGAACACCAACGUUUGAUUUUAUAUAUUUUUCUACUUGUGAAAAGCUGACAGCCCAAGAACUUCUGUCAAAUACCGUUUCUUUUUCAACUUUUUAAAUUUUUCAUCUAUAUUUUGAAUACAAUCAUGCUCACCCAUUUGAAGGAUUAAAGUUAGAUAGAAUGGUGUCCUUGCAAAGCAGAAUUGACAGCCAAUCUGAGGGUCUUGUGGACAAUGAAGAGGAAACAAUAACGACCGAUCCUGCUUGUUUAUUUAAAAAUGAUAGCCUCGAUUCCUGUGGAUCAUCGUCGAGUUCUUGCAGACGUCGAGCAGCAAGUAUUGAAUGGCCACCUCGAAAACAACCGCGAACAAUUGAAACUGUUGAAGUUGGCUGUUUGAAUGUAAUAUCAGGAAAAUAUGAGAGUUUAGAUUACGAUAUUCCGGAUAGUGACCUCCUUUUAGAUGAAGAACGCAACAGUGGUCCAAAAUAUGAGACCAAAAAGAAUAUUUCAAGAUGGGUAGUUUUUUCAUUAAUUGGAAUUUUGACUGCUGGAAUUGGUAUAAUUUUGGAUGUGACUAUUGAUCAGUUAUCAGAAAUCAAGUAUGGAACAUUAAAGCACUAUGUUGACCGUUGUGUUGAAGACAACUGCUUAUACAUUCCUUAUUUAAUGUGGGUUGCUUUUAAUGUUGGUUUUGUUCUUAUUAGUUCAAUACUUGUCACGUAUGUUGAGCCCGUUGCAAGUGGUAGUGGAAUUCCACAGGUAAAGUGUUACUUGAAUGGUGUGAAGAUUCCUCGUGUCGUCAGGAUUAAGACACUGUUGGUCAAAGUUGUUGGAGUUAUUGGCUCUGUUGUUGGUGGUCUAGCAGUUGGCAAGGAAGGUCCCAUGAUACACUCAGGGGCUGUUGUAGCAGCUGGAAUCUCUCAGGGAAAAAGUACAUCAUUUGGAAAGGACUUCAACAUUUUGAACUUUUUUCGGGAAGAUCAUGAAAAGAGAGACUUUGUAUCUGGUGGGGCAGCAGCUGGUGUAGCAGCAGCUUUUGGUGCUCCUGUUGGUGGAGUUUUAUUCAGUCUUGAAGAAGGUACAAGUUUUUGGAACCAGAGCUUGACGUGGCGUGUUUUUCUGUCAGCUAUGAUCACCACCUUCACACUCCAUGGGAUUCUUAGCAUGUAUUAUGGGUAUCAAGGGAAGCUUUGGUAUUCAGGUCUUCUGAGCUUUGGGAAAUUCCCAGAAGUUCAAUACUACUGGUAUGAGUUGAUUAUUUAUAUGAUUAUGGGACUUGUAGGGGGUCUAUCUGGUAGUCUAUUCAAUCAUGUCAACUACCAAUUAACAAUUUUCAGAAUGAGGUAUAUCAACAACAAACUUUGGAUGAAAGUUAUUGAAGCAGCACUAGUUGCUGCUGUAACUGCAACUGUUGGUUUUGCCAUGAUAUUUUAUAUAAAUGAUUGUCGUCCUUUGGGGCAAGAUCCUACAAAAUUUCCCAUUCAAGUUUUUUGUGGCGAUGGGCAGUAUAAUGCCCUUGGUGCACUAUGGUUCCAGACACCUGAAACAAGUGUUAGGGCACUUUUCCAAGAUCCUCCUGGAUCUCACAAAGUAAUAUCUUUAAGUUUAUUUUUUAUCCUGUACUAUCUCCUAUCCAUUUGGACCUAUGGACUCAGUUUAUCUGCAGGUCUAUUCAUCCCAUCACUGCUGACUGGAGCUGCAUGGGGCCGCCUGACAGGCAUGGGACUUAUGUGGCUCUUUCCAGACCAGGCAUGGGUUGAUGUCAGAAAAUAUGCUCUAGUUGGGGCAGCUGCACAGUUAGGGGGAGUUGUGAGAAUGACCAUCAGCCUAACAGUCAUUUUAAUCGAAGCUACUGGGAAUAUUUCAUUUGGUCUGCCUCUUAUGUUGACUUUGAUUUGUGCCAAAUGGAUGGGUGAUUUCUUCAAUGAGGGUAUAUAUGACAUACACAUAAUGUUGUCUGGUGUUCCUUUGCUACCAUGGGAACCUCCUCCACUUUCCCAUGAUGUUUACGCCAGUGAAAUUAUGAGCCACCCUGUUGUGGUUUUACGUAGUGUUGAAAGAGUGGCGAGGAUAGUUCAAAUUUUGUCAGCUGAAACUCACAAUGGUUUCCCUGUUGUGGAUCCAGGGUAUGAGUACCAGGGAGACAAAGUUGCCUGUGGAAAGUUGAGAGGACUUAUUCUCAGACACCAGUUGAUAGUUCUUCUACAAAAUAAAAUUUUCAAUGAAGUAACUGAUUUGUGGGAUUCCAGAAAUCAUGAGGUGGCUCUUAAACUCUUUCGGGAUGAAUAUCCAAGAUACAAACACAUUCAGGACAUAAGUCUGUCCUCAAAAGAGAUGAAAUGUACUAUAGACUUGCGUCCCUUUAUGAAUUCUUCACCAUAUACUGUGAUCCAUUCAAUGACAUUGCCUAGAGUCUUUAGAAUGUUUCGGGCAAUGGGUCUGAGGCAUUUGCCCGUAAUUGAUGAUAGUAACCAGGUUGUUGGUAUGGUUACUCGAAAAGAUCUUGUUAGAUAUAGAGUCAAUCAUCACAAGGGUAAUAUACGAGAGGAGCUGAAGAUAUCUGAAAAAUUUUGAUGGUUAAUUCAAUUUAUGACAUGCUUGUGACAUUUAUUUUUGUUGUUUAAUUUGAAAAGAUAGAAUUGUCAAGUUGUUCUUUUUUUGUGAGAAGUGAAGGAAAAAAAUGUUUGAAAACAGAGCUUUUGUAAACAAUUUCCUUUUCAUUUUAAUUCUUCCUAAUGUGGAUAUUUAAAUGUGCCUUAUGCAUCUGUGAUAAUAUAUGAGGAUUUUAAACAAGCCCAUUUUGUGCAUAAUAUUAUUAACCUAAUAUAAGUGAUUUAAGUCCAUUGUGAUAUUUGUCAAAGACUAUACAGAUUAAAUAACUAUUUACAAGAAA